AUGUCACCAACUUUAAGAAGUAGAUAUUGUCGAAAUUUAAGUGGAUUUUUACCCACUGAAAAUUCUAAAUCACAAAUUAUUAUUGAAGGUACGAAUAACACAUCGAUAUUAGGUUCGGAAGUUAUUUUAAAUACAUGGGCACAUAUUUCAAUUACUUAUCGUAUGAUAAAUGGACCUCGAUUAUAUUUUGAUAGUACUGAUCGUUUUACAUUUGAAGCGUCCGGUUCAAUAAUAUAUUUACAAAUAGGAUCUAGUCGCUGGUGCACAUCUUAUGGUAUUCCAAAUGCUGACAAUAAAGGUUUAAUCAAUGAAGUAUAUGUACAUAGUCGAGAAUUGACUCCAGCUGAAAUUAAUAUUUUAACAAAUUCCUAA